AUGGGUUUCUUCAAGCGCUUCAGACGUCAUAAGAGCCCCAAGAAGAACGAGUCGCGGACGCGUAACGACUUGUAUGCCGCCGCAACGUACGACUAUCACGGCCCCGACCAGACGCAGCGCCUGCCGGACAAGGUCCUCCGCCGCAUUUUUGAAGAAGUAUGUCCGCAUUCAGCCGACGAGACGCUUGAUGGUAGCGAAGACAGCGGCAACGACGGCUGCAUGAGCUGUGAUAUGCGCGACUUGGCCCAUUGCGCACUGACGAAGCGACAAUGGUACGGUGUCGCUGCUGGUCUACUAUACAACAGCAUACGCAUCGAUGCUGUCCAUUAUUGCGAGCUCGAGGAGGUUUAUGCCGAUCAGCGACGACGCAAGUCACGCAAUGGCGAAGAAGUCGACGCCCCGACCCUUCGCCUCCAGCAGCUCUGCCAGAGCGUGCGCGGAAAUCAGUACCUCGGCCAGCGCGUCCGCUUCAUCAAGCUCCCCUACAUGACUCGUGAGGCCUGCAAAGCCGACCUGGCACGCACCGUAUCAGGCUGCCCAAACCUCGAGUUCAUCGACCUCCCUGAUGGCUUCUACAACGGCGAUGCAUCGUGCCAGCUGCUACGACAGGAGCUGCAGGCACGAUGCCCGCACAUCAAGAGCAUGAAGUACAAUGAAGGUGCAGAACAGUCGUUUGAGACGCUCCUCCAGGGCUACUGGCAGGAGCUUAUCUCGGUUCAGCUCAACAAGAUUCAAAUGGAGCCCAGCAUCCUAAGACAGGCCCUGAGCAUGCUGCCAUACCUCAAGGAGCUCACCAUCAUCGGCGUAUCAUGGCUAAACGACUCGACCUUCCACGACACGCCCGGACUGCCCAACUUCCCUGCGUUGGAGACGCUCAGGCUGGAAAAGACCCACUCCAUCACCGCCAACGGACUGGCCCAGUACCUCUACAAUCCCAUGUGCAGUGCCAGGCUAAGGACGUUGACACUGAAGAAUGUCUCCAGCAUCCUCGUCUCUUCCCUUCACACCGUUCUGCAGGCAGCCGUGAACUUGAAGACGCUCGAGUACACCAUUACAGUCUCUGCCUCGCUUCCCCUGGACCCAAUACCGCCCAUGACGUCUUACACGCUGCACAAGCUCAAUUUUGAGAUCAUUUCGAGCAACACAAACCAGAUGUACCCGCCCGCAGCAUCCCACUACCAGUAUCUGGCCAAGUCGCUCAUGUCCAACUGCCUCCCUGCCUUGCGACAGCUCUACGUGCGUGAUCCCGACUUCCCGGAAAUUCUCACCCUUGCGCCACCAGUCCGUCCGUUUAGCGAAGCACCGCCACCCAUGUUCAACCAGCCCCUCGAGGUCUACUCCAAGGGUCUUGACGAGCUGGAAUGGAUCUUCACUUCGAUUAUUCCCCCAGAGGGGCACGGACGUCGUCCCUCCAUAUCAGGAGGUCGGCCCGUCAGCAGUUACUCGGCGCACAAGGGUCUCGGACCGCAAUGGGGCGGGGAUGCCCGCAAGAGCAUCGUGGUGCCCAAUGGCUUUGGCGGCUUUUUAGCCGUGCCCGCAGACAACGACGGAAGACCGCGAAGUGCUGGGCACAUGGCGCCCCCGGGAGGCUUUGGUCACGUUCACUCCAACUCGCUUGGUGGCAGUCCACGUGCAAGCUGGAUAACGCACGCCGGGCGUGAGAAGCGGGCUUCGAGAGCCGACUUGUGGCGAUGAGUCACGCUUUCAACGCACACAUUUCCUUGAUCUCCUUUUCCUUCACUUCUCCCUUCUGGAUACCCGUCCAUUUCACACCUCUUCUUCUCUUCGUGUGCUGUCUUUUGUAGGAUAUCGGAUAUCAGAGGAGUUUUUUUCUUUUUCUUUUGCUUUGCAUACGGUAUGGUGCAACUACAACGCCGGAUUAUGGGCGUUAACGAAGAAAGCUCCUGGGACAGUCUGUGCUUUGUACAUAGGAACAGAAACUCGGAAGCUAUAGACCCGCUGGAUUGGGAUCUCACAAUUAUUCAAGCAGGAUUGCUUGACUUC